UUUAACUUCCUCUUCUGCAAACUGAACGAGGGGUAGAAAUGUGGUGGGAUUUAAACGUUGUCUCUGUUUUCAUAAAGUUUAAAGAUACUGAAAGAUAUUGAAAACCUGUAGAAAGCAGACUGAGGGAGAAAGAGAGAAACAUCCGCUCCUUGAUCCUCGGCAGCACCUGAUCUAAACACAAUGGAGGAAGGUAGGUGCACAGGUAUUACAAGCUAUUUGUGGAUAAACAUCGAUUAGCACUAGUCCAGAGAGUAAAAAACAUUGGACCAAUUCUGGAUGGACUGCUCUCAUAUAAAGUUAUCAAUAGAGAACAUUAUGAGGAAAUCCUAUCCCUCCAUGGCCCUCAGGAGAAGAUGAGGGCUCUCCUAAGAGGGCCUUUGAGAGUCUGUGGACCUGGAGGAAAAGAGAUAUUUUACAAACUGCUGAGAAAACAUGAGUCAGAUCUCCUCGAUGACCUUGCUGAUGAGUCUGAGAAAUAUAAGAAGAAUAAGAAAGACAUGGAGGUAGAAAGCAUGAUGGCUCAGAAGAUACUUCUUGAAUCAUUGAAUGGUUUGAGUUCAGAUGAGCUUAACCAAUUCAAGUCACUCAUUGAAUUAGAGGAAAGUUUCCCACUGAUCCUAAGGGGUCGACUCAAAGUGGCAAACACAGAUGAAACAGUGGAUCUGAUGGUGAAGACGUUCAGCGGAAAGUGUGUGAAUAUGACCAAAACAGUUUUAAAGAAGAUGAACAGGACUGAUCUGGUGCAGAGAUUGUCAGACAUCAGCUCAGGAACCAAAGAGGAACCGCUUCCUUCUCUGAUCCAGAGUGUGGAAACAACGGCGUCUGUCAUAGAGCUGCUUCUGGAAACACUGAAAGAUUUGAGUGACCAGAAUUUAGAGAGUUUUAAGAGGGUCCUGAGUCAAAUUCUCUCCGACAAAGGCAACCCACACAUCUCACCAAGGCGGCUCAUGAUGAGUGACAGGCAGGACAUGGUGUUUUAUUUGGUGCAAGAUCACAGCGAUCACAGACUGCUGGAGAUGACCACUGAGGCUUUUGAGAAGAUGAACAGGACUGAUCUGGUGCAGAGGCUGUCACAAAGCAGCUCAGGACCCAAAAAGAAACACUCAGAGGCACAGCGACCUGCAGUGAUCCAGAAAGUAGCAACAAUGGCAGCUGUUAAACAUCUGCUUUUGGAAACUCUGAAUGAUUUGAGAAACGAGGAUCUAGAGAAAUUCAAGCAGACCCUAGAUUUAAUUGUCUCCAAGAAGAAGCAGAGAUAUUUUUCAUGGAUUUGGAGUUCCUCACCAGACAGAGCACAAACAGUGAAACAGAUGAUGGAGAUCUUCGGCCAACAGUGUGUAGAGAUAACCAUGGAGGUUUUGAAGGACAUUAACAGGACUGAUCUGAGGCAGAGGUUGACAAAGCCCAGCUCAGAACUCAAAGAGAUGUACUCUGUGGAUGAACAUCGACCUGCACAGUCCGAGGGAGCACCAAUUGCAGCAGAGAAAGAGAUCCUUUUGAAAACUCUGAAGGAUUUGAGUGACGAUGAGCUCCACAGAUUUCAGUGGUUGCUGCAGUUCACAUUCUUCCAGAAGAGCAUAUCCUCCUUUCAUGGAUAUCCCUAUUGGACAGCAAGUGCACUCCAGCUGGUGGAUCAGAUGGUGGAUACCUGUGGUCCGCAGUCUGUGGAGGUGACCAGGGAGGUUUUAAUGGACAUGAACAGAACUGAUCUAGUGGAGAGAUUAUCAGAGACUAUCUUAAGACUCAAAGACAUUCAUUUUCUCUCUUCAGAGAUGUACUCUGUGGAUGAACAUCGACCUGCACAGUCCGAGGAAGACUCCAGUGGCUGGACUAAACUUGAACCUGAGGUGAACAGUACAGAUGAAGAUGAGGCAUCAACUUACAGCCUAAAGUCUGAAGCGGGAAACUUUGAAUGCAGUGUCUCUGGCUUGCGCUGGGUCUGUCAGGAAAAGGUCAGCUUUAAGUACAAGUUUUGCUCUUCGGAGGAACCCAUGAAGAGGAUGGAGAUGAUGAAAUACAUGCCUGCAGGUCCCCUGAUAGACAUCACAGUGAUUUCUGGGAAGUUAUUUGAAGUGUACCUGCCACACUGGAUCUGCAUAGAUGACAUCCCUAAAAUAUUGCAAAAGUUUGCAGUCCUGCACAUAGAUGACUGUGGAGAUGUUGUGGAAAAAGUGUCUGAAGUCACAUCGUCCCAUGUCAAGCUGUCUGAACCAGUUUUCUCUCCAAGAGCCGUCCUGAUGAAAAUGGGCUUUCCAGUAAAAAUACACUGUAACGUUUUGAUUUAUUCUAAACUCGACACAUCCUGCAUCCUUCUUCAUGUUUACCUGACCCCGCUCGAUCCUGCUCUUGAAGAGACCAUGGACAAGAAGAAAAAAGACUUCAAAUUGAUCCAAAAGCCACGCCCAAACGAGUGCCUGACGCUGCACCAAGAUUUCAACCUCACAGCAGACAUAACAACGGCCCAGAUUGGCCCAAAGAAAAUAACCCUCAGAUAUGAAAGCCAAGAGCCAAACUUCUAUGAAGUGUACAUUGAGAAUCCAGACAGUUACUUCCACCUUACACUCUCUCAACUUAACAAAGGGAAACGCAAACCACAGUGUGAACCAGUAUGGAGCUGUGAGAUUCGAAAAGUUGACUUACGAAACUCUGGUGAUUCAGAUGUGAAAGAGACAUGUGGACAACCCUCCAUUACUGGUCCAUGGGAUAUGGAACACUCUUCUGAUGAGAUGCAGGGGGUGGCAUCAGUCACAACAACAAAAGAGAGGCUUUUGAAAAUGCUGGAAGAUUUGGGACAGGAAGAGUUCAACAAAUGUAAGUGGUACCUGCGGGACAGUGACGUCCUCGCAGGCCUCCCACGCAUCUCAUGCAGCCAACUGGAAAACAGUAACAUAUUAGACCUGGUGGAUCUGAUGUCGCAGACCUACAGCCAAAAGUCCUUGGAGGUGACCAAGAAGAUUUUCCAGAAAAUAAACAGGAAUGACCUGGUGCAGAAGUUGUCAGACAUCGGCUCAGGAUCCAAAGCUGAAGGAUAAUCAGCUUGAGAAUACUGCGGAGGAAGAAACUCAGUGGAUGAACACGGAUCCAGAGAGUGAGCAAGGAGACAUCUUGCUGGUUCUAAACAAGCUUUCAUUCAGUGAAUGCUGGAUGAAAAUGAUCAUCACCUUGAACUAACAUAUUUUGAUACACACAAAUGUAUAUAUUUUAUCAUGAUUCAACUCUUGCAGAAUUGCAGAUUUAUUCAGGUUUAUCUAUUCAGCAACAAAACGUAAAUGUUUUUCUUCAGUAAUGUAACAUAUCUUUAAGGUGUCAGUCAUACUGAAUUUUGCAAAGUUUUCAAAACAGAAGUGGAAAAUUAUUGUAAAUACUUUUCAAGCAUGAAUAUAAAUGGACAUUUCAUGAUGAUGCUUCUGGGGUUAUCGAGGUAAAGAAAUAUUUCCCUCACAUUCUCAAAGUUAAGCAAUAAAUCAUUGAUUAUUGUUGAGGAUAUUUCAUACAGUUUAUUUUAUUCAGUUCGUUCAAGAUUUAUACCUAAAAUACAAUGUAUCUAUUUUUUAUGUCAUUGUUUCUGUUUUUUGCAGUCAAUGUUUUUCUUUAAUAAUGCUCUUAAUAAAGCACUUCAAACUGCCUUCUUUAAAGUUGUAAGAACUUUAAAGAAGGCAGUUUGAAGUGCUCUUUCUGUAUUUGUGAAUGAAGCGCCAUCUCCUGGUUAAAUCCUGAAAUUGAAAAUCUGGCAACGCCCUCUUGGAAAAUAGUGGGAGGGCUUAACAUUCCCAGACGCUGGUUUUAGGCAGGUCAAGGCAGGAAGCUGUAAGCUGGAGUCCUAUCUGAAGUGCUGCAUCUGUAUACAAAUGUGUCCUUUUACCAUAUGGAUGUUCUGAAUCCUUUGAAUGUACCAGUUUGUAACAAUGAUGGCUGAAUUUUGUGGAUGGUCAAAUAAAAAAUUAUU